UCGGGGGUUGCCAUGGCGACGCGUGGUGUGUGCGCGCGUCGGUACCCGCCCCGCGGAGCCCCCUCCGAGUCUUGAACGACUCUCCCAACCGCCGGGAGGACAUUGAGAAGAGGAUCGAGGGGCCCACCCCGCUUCCGUCCCCCUGAUCCCACCCUGCUCCCCACUGCUGCUCCCAACCCUCGGUGAGCCCCAGGCCCGGCAUGCGCCAUGUCUGGUCGUUCCGGCACGGAGAAGAAGCGCCGAGCUGCCUCCCAAGCUGCGGAAAAAACCAGGACCCCAUCGGGGCCACAGCUGGAACCCCCACCCCUGCCCACUCCCACGCAGGAAGAGCUCAAGGUCAUAGAGUCUGUCGAAGAGGUGGAAGAAGAAGAAGAGACGCUCCCUUUGGAGGAAGUGGUGGAUGUGAAGCCCUACUUCCGUUGUCGAACGGUGCUGAGCGGCCUGUCGGCGGCCUCGUGGACGGAGGAGCACGAUGCCGUCCUGGAGUGCUUCAUUCAAGACCCCCGGGAGCCCAUGGUCAGCGUGUUCAUCGAUCCCUAUGCAGGGCUGAAGGUGGAGCUGGGCAUGCCCGUGCAGACUCAGAACCAGCUGACCUACUUCAUCCGGCAAGCGGCCGUCCCCAUCACCCCGGACAACUUCGAGGCCACCGUGCAGUUUGGGACGGUGCGCGGCUGCUACAUCACGGCCCUGCUCCGCUUGAUCAACGGAGUCUACGCCCCGCAGAUUUUCAGUACCACCUCUUGGCCGGAGAGUAUCCGCAACCACUUCGCCGCCCACCUGCACAAGUUCUUGGCCAGCCUGACUGACGUCCGCUACAAAAUGGAGGGUCACACAGUCCUUUACAUCCCAAUGGAGGCCAUGAGCCUGAAUCCCGAGGUGGUGGUGAAGGACAAGGAACUGGUGCAGAGGUUGGAGACGUCCAUGGUGCAUUGGACCCGCCAAAUCAAGGAGGUCCUGAGCGCCCAGGAGGCCAUGGAGAUGGGCGAGAGCCUGGGGCCUCUGGAGGAGAUUGAGUUUUGGCGGAACCGCUGCGCCGACCUGUCGGGCAUCAGCAAGCAGCUGAGCAAGAAGGGCGUUAAGCACAUCGCGUCCAUCCUGAAUCUCUCCAAGUCGUCCUACAUGACACCCUUCCUCAAACUGGCCAGGCAGAUUCAGGACGAGUCACACCAGGCCCAGUCCAACCUGACCUUCCUGUCCAUCCUGAAGGAGCCCUACAAGGAAUUGGCGGCCCUCCGGCCCAAGGACAUCCCCGAUAAGCUCCCCGGGCUGCUCAACCUCAUCCGCAUCAUCUGGGUCAACUCCCCCUACUACAACACCCGCGAGAGGCUCACGGCCCUCUUCCGCAAGAUGAGCAACGAAAUCAUCCGGCUGUGCUGUCGGGACAUCUCCCUGGAUCGCAUCUUCGAGGGCUACGUGGCGUCCAGCAAGGAGGGGCUGUACGGCUGUAUCGCCUGCUGUCGGGCCUGGAAGGACAGCUACCUCCGGGCCGUCCAGCUGCACACCCGGUUCUCGUCGCGGGGCUGGGUCCUGGAUCAGACGAGCAUCUUUGCCCAGGUUGACGCUUUCGUGCAGCGCUGCAAGGACCUCAUCGAGGUGUGCGACUGCCAGUAUCACUUCGCCCGCUGGGAGGAUGGCACACAGGGCCCGCUGCCCUGCUUCUCCGGCGCCCAGGGCCCCCAGGUCAGCCGGAACCUGCUGGAGAUCGAGGACAUCUUCCACAAGAACCUGAUGAUGCUGCGGGCUGUGCACGGAGGCAUCCUGGACGUCAAAAACACUUCCUGGCACGAGGACUACAACCGGUUCCGGGCCGGCGUCAAGGAUCUGGAGGUGAUGACUCAAAAUCUGGUCACCGUGGCCUUUGAGACCGUGCGGGACGUCGGGGAUGGGGUGCAGCUCCUCGACACUUUCCACCGGCUCUCGGCCCGCGAGGCCAUCAAGCGGACAUUUGACAAGAAGGCAGUGGACCUGUACAUGAUCUUCAACGGGGAGCUGGCUCUGGUCAAUCAGGAGCUCAACAAGAAGCGGGCGUUCGUGCUGCCCCACAUGGGCCCCUACGCGGGCCAGGCCCACUGGGUCAGGGCCCUGAGGCGCCGCCUGGACCGCUCCAUGAACUGUCUGGCCAAUGCCCACUUCCUGCCUCACAUCGGCACCGGGGAGGAGAGCAUCCACACCUACCAGCAGCUGACGCAGGCCAUGGACGAGUUCGUCCGCAAGACGUUCCACGAGUGGACCCAGACCCUGGACAAGGACUGCAUCCGCCGGCUGGACACCCCCCUCCUCCGCGUGAGCCUCGAGAAACCAAGCAUGCUGGACGUCAACUUUGACAAGAGCCUGCUGAACCUGUUCGUGGAGAUCUAUUACUGGGAGCGGCUCCUCAUCGAGACCCCGCACUACGUGGCCAACGUGGCCGAGUACGCUGAGGAGCUGCGCAUCCUGCGAGAGAAUCUGCUGCUCGUCGCUCGGGACUAUAACAGGAUUAUCGGCAUGCUGUCGGCCAACGAGCGGGCCCUGUUUAAGGAGAGGAUCCGUUUCUUGGACAAGAAGAUCCACCCCGGGCUCAAGAAACUGCACUGGACCCUGAAAGGAGCGAGCACUUCAUUCAUCAGCGAGUGUCGGGUGUACGCCAGCAAGGUGCAGGCCAUCGUGAACGAGUACAAGACGGCCUCCCUGACGGUGGGCUGGCGGGCCCAGGAGAUCUCGGAGACCCUGCUGGUGUCCAUCAAUGCCAAGCGGGUGUUCCAGGACCUGGAGUUUGAGGAGGACCAGCGGGCGCACCGGGCCGUCAUCCAGAAGAAGCUGCUGGGCCUGCACCACGAGAUCGUGGACAUCAUGCAGGAGACCUACGAGGUCUUCAAGAACGACAGCCCAGAGAUCCAGCAGCAGUGGAUAGCGUACACGAUCCGGCUGGAUCGCAUGGUGGAGGAAGCCUUACGCCUCAACGUCAAGUGGUCCCUCUUGGAGCUGUCCAAGGCCAUCAACGGCGAUGGCAAGACCACCCCCAACCCGCUCUUCAGGGUCAUGGUCGUUCUACACAGCGACGGCCCCGGGGACGUGGCCAAGGUGGAGUUCUCGCCGACACUGCCGAAGCUGGCGGGGGUGGUCACCGACAUUACCAGUCACCUCAUCGACACCAUCUCCGUCUUCCUCCACCUCCCCGAGAUGCUCAUCAAACGGAGGUUCAACCGAGAGCCCAUUCAUGUCCUCGUGGAGAGGGACGAGGACAUCAAGAAGAUCCAGGCCCAGAUCACGGCCGGCAUCGCCAACAACGUGAGCCUCCUGCAGAACUACCUGAAGACCUGGGACAUGUACCGGGAGAUCUGGGAGAUCAACAAGGACUCCUUCAUCCGCCGCUACCAACGUCUCAACCCCCCGGUCUCCUCCUUCGACGCCGACAUCGCCCGGUACACGGAGGUGGCGAACAACGUGCAGAAGGAAGAGACGGUGCUCAACAUCCAGUUCGUGCUGCUCGACUGUUCCCACCUGAAGCUGGCGUUGGUCCAGCACUGCGACGAGUGGCAGAGCAAGUUCACCACCCUGCUGAGGGACAUGUCCCGGGCCCGCCUCGCCGACCUCCACGCCUACCUCAAGGACAACUCCCACAGGAUCAGCCGCCCGCCGCAGACGCUGGAGGAGUUGGGGGUCAGCCUGCAGCUGAUGGACACCCUGCAGCGUGACCUGCCCACCAUGGAGGCCCAGAUCCCCCCGCUGCACGAGCAGUACAUCAUCCUCGACAAGUACGAAGUCCCCGUGGACGAGACCGUGCUCCAGAAGCUGGAUUCCUUGGAUCGGGAAUGGCUGGCCUUCCAACAGUGCCUCCUGGACAGCGAGCAGAUGCUCAAACGGCACAAGGAGAAGUUCAAGACUGGCCUCAUCCACUUGGCCGAUGACUUCAAAAAGAAAGCCCAUUCCCUCCUGGAGGACUUCGACUCCAAAGGCCCGUUCACCAGCGCGGUGGGCUUCGAGGUGGCCCUGGAACAGAUCUGGACCAUGCGGCAGACGCUCAACUCCAUGAAGGAGGAGGAGAGCACCCUACGCUCCAACCUCGGCAUCUUCAAGAUCGACCAGCCCAUCUCCAAGGACCUGCAGAACCUGGAGAAGGAGCUGGACUCCCUGCAGCAAGUGUGGGAGAUCACCCGCGACUGGGAAGGGAACUGGAACCAGUGGAAGUCCGGACGCUUCCAGACCCUGCAGACGGAGGCCAUGGAGAGCACGGCGCACACUCUCUUCCGACGCCUCACCAAGCUGGGCCGGGAGCUCAAGGACCGCAACUGGGAGGUGAUCGAGACGUCCCGGUCGAAGAUCGAGCAGUUCAAGCGGACAAUGCCGCUCAUCUCCGACCUGAGGAACUCGGCCCUCCGGGAGAGGCACUGGGAGGAGGUGAAAGACCAGGCCCAGCAAGCUUUUGACCAGGACUCGGAUAACUUCACCCUGGAGAAGAUCGUGGAGCUGGGCCUGGACCAGCACGCCGAAAAGAUCGGAGAGAUUUCAGCCUCGGCCACCAAGGAGCUGUCCAUCGAGAUGGCACUCGAGGGCAUGACUAAGACCUGGAGCGUCAUCCAGCUGGACAUCGUGCUCUACAAGGACAAGGGACACUAUCGGCUCAGGGGCACGGAUGAAGUGUUCCAGGCUUUGGAGGACAACCAGGUGGCUCUGUCCACCAUGAAGUCUUCCCGCUUCGUCAAGCCCUUCGACAAAGAGGUGGAUCGCUGGGAGCGCUGCCUCUCCCUCAUCCUGGAGGUGGUCGAAAUGGUGCUCACCGUGCAGCGGCAGUGGAUGUACCUGGAGAACAUCUUUUUGGGCGAGGACAUCCGCAGGCAGCUGCCCCAGGAGUCUGCCUCGUUUGAUGAGAUCAACAGCAGCUGGAAGAGCAUCAUGGAGCGGUUGAACAAGGAUAACAACGCCCUACGGGGCACCCACACCCCAGGACUCUUGGAGAAGCUGGUGGAGAUGAACCGAAUCCUGGAGGAGAUCCAGAAGUCCCUGGACAUGUACCUGGAGACCAAGCGCCACAUCUUCCCCCGCUUCUACUUCCUGUCCAAUGACGACCUGCUGGAGAUCCUGGCCCAGUCCCGCAACCCCGAGGCCAUUCAGCCCCACCUCAAGAAGUGCUUCGACAACAUCAAGUCGCUGCGCAUUCAGAAGCUGGGGGUGAGCAACAGGUCUGAAGCCGUGGGCAUGUUCUCCGGGGACGGCGAAUUUAUCGACUACCCCCAUCCCGUGAUGCUGGAGGGCCCCGUGGAGGCCUGGCUGAACGACGUGGAAAGAAGCAUGCGGUGGUCGUUACGGGACCUUCUGAGGAACUGCCGGGUGGCGCUCAAAAAGUUCCUCAACAAGAGAGACAAAUGGGUCAAGGAGUGGGCCGGACAGGUGGUGAUUACCGCCAGUCAGAUCCAGUGGACGGCCGACGUGACCAAAUGUCUGCAGAUGUCCAAGGAGCGAGGGGAUAAGAAGAUUCUCAGAGUCAUGAAGAAGAAGCAGGUGUCAAUGCUAAACAAGUACUCGGAAGCGAUCCGCGGUAACCUGACCACGAUACUGCGGCUCAAGAUGGUGGCCCUGGUGACCGUGGAAGUCCACGCCCGGGACGUGCUCGACAAACUCUACAAGAGCGGGCUCAUGGACGUCAACUCCUUCGAGUGGCUCAGCCAGCUCCGCCUUUACUGGGAGAAGGACAUGGACGAUUGCGUGAUCCGUCAGACCAACACGCAGUUCCAGUACGGUUACGAGUACCUGGGCAACUCCGGCCGGCUGGUCAUCACUCCCCUGACGGACAGAUGCUUCAUGACCCUGACCACGGCCCUCCACCUGCACCGCGGCGGGUCACCCAAAGGCCCGGCGGGCACGGGCAAGACGGAGACGGUGAAAGACCUGGGCAAGGCGAUGGGCACGUACGUCAUCGUGGUCAACUGCUCCGAAGGCCUCGACUACAAGUCCAUGGGGCGCAUGUAUGCCGGCCUGGCCCAGACGGGGGCCUGGGGCUGCUUCGACGAAUUCAACCGCAUCAACAUCGAGGUCCUGUCGGUGGUGGCCCAGCAGAUCCUGUCCAUCCUGUCCGCCCUGGCCUCCAGCGUCACCCGCUUCUUCUUCGAGGGCUUCGAGAUCAACCUGGUCUGGUCCUGUGGGAUCUUCAUCACCAUGAACCCUGGCUACGCGGGCCGGACCGAACUGCCCGACAACCUCAAAUCCAUGUUCCGCCCCAUUUCCAUGGUGGUGCCCGACUCCACCCUCAUCGCUGAAAUCAUCCUCUUCGGGGAGGGUUUCAGCAACUGCAAGAUGCUGGCCAAGAAGGUGUACACGCUGUACUCCCUGGCGGUACAGCAGCUGUCCCGACAGGACCACUACGACUUUGGCCUGCGGGCCCUCACUUCCCUGCUCCGCUAUGCCGGCAAGAGGCGCCGCCUCCGCCCUGACCUGACCGAUGAGGAGGUUCUGCUGCUGUCUAUGCGGGACAUGAAUCUUGCCAAGCUCACAUCAGUGGAUGUGCCGCUGUUCAGUGCCAUCGUGCAGGACCUGUUCCCGGGCAUCGAGCUGCCCGUGAUCGACUAUGGCAAGCUGAAGGAGACCAUCGAGCAGGAGAUGGAGCAGGAGGGGCUGCAGCGGACGACCUUCACGGUGAACAAGGUCAUCCAGCUGUACGAGACGAAGAAUUCCCGCCACUCCACCAUGAUCGUGGGCACCACCGGCAGUGGCAAGACCGUCACGUGGCGCAUCCUGCAGGCCGUCAUGUCUGCCCUGUGCCGGGCAGGAGACCCCAACUUCAACCUCGUCAGGGAGUAUCCCCUGAACCCAAAGGCCUUGUCCCUGGGGGAGCUGUAUGGCGAAUAUGACCUGAGCAGCGGAGAGUGGACAGACGGGAUCCUGUCCAAUGUCAUGCGGACCGCGUGUUCAGACGAGAAGCCCGACGAAAAGUGGAUCCUGUUUGACGGCCCUGUGGACACGCUUUGGAUCGAAAGCAUGAACUCUGUCAUGGACGACAACAAAGUGCUGACGCUGAUCAACGGGGAGCGCAUUUCCAUGCCUGAACAGGUGUCCCUGCUGUUUGAAGUGGAGAACUUGGCGGUGGCGUCUCCGGCCACGGUGUCACGCUGCGGGAUGGUGUACGCCGACUACCACGACCUCGGCUGGAAACCCUACGUCCGGUCCUGGAUUGAGAAGAGGCCCAAGGGGGAGGCGGAGACCCUCCGCCACAUGUUCGACAAGUUCAUCGACAGAAUCUUGACCUUCAAGAAGGAGAACUGCCUGGAGUUGGUGCCCGUUGCCGAAUACAGCGGGAUCAUCUCCCUCUGCAAACUCUACUCCGCUCUGGCCACGCCCGAGAAUGGGGUGAAUCCAGCGGACGGGGAGCACUACACCAACAUGGUGGAGCUGACCUUUGUGUUCAGCAUGAUCUGGUCGGUGUGCGCCUCGGUGGACGAGGACGGCCGCAAGAAGAUGGACGGCUUCCUCCGGGAGACGGAGGGGUCUUUUCCCAACAAGGACUCAGUGUACGACUACUUUGUGGACCCCAAACUGAAGAACUGGGUACACUUUGAGGAGAAGCUCCCCAAGAGCUGGCGUUACCCGGCCAACGCCCCGUUUUACAAGAUCAUCGUGCCCACGGUGGACACGGUGAGGUACAACUACCUGGUCAGCGCUCUGGUGUCCAGCAAGAUGCCCAUCCUGCUGGUGGGGCCCGUGGGCACCGGCAAGACGUCCAUCGCCCAGAGCGUCCUGCAGGCCCUGCCGCCGGUCCAGUGGGCAGUGCUCACCGUCAACAUGUCAGCCCAGACCACGUCCAACAACGUGCAGAACAUCAUAGAAAGCCGUGUGGAGAAGCGCACCAAGGGCAUCUACGUGCCCAUCGGGGGUAAGAGCAUGGCCACCUUUAUGGACGACCUCAACAUGCCGGCCAAGGACGCCUUCGGCUCCCAGCCGCCCCUGGAGCUGCUGCGCCUCUGGAUCGACUACGGCUUCUGGUACGACCGCGAAAAGCAGGUCAUCAAGUACAUUCGGGACAUGUUGCUGAUGGCUGCCAUGGGACCCCCGGGAGGAGGCCGGACGGUCAUCUCCGCCCGCCUCCAGAGUCGCUUCAACCUCAUUAACAUGACCUUCCCCACGGAGUCCCAGAUCCGGCGCAUCUUCGGCACCAUGAUGAACCAGAAACUGCAGGAGUUCGAAGAGGAGAUGAAACCCAUCGGGAACGUGGUGACGGAGGCCACGGUGGAGGUGUACAACACUGUGGUCCAGCGCUUCCUGCCCACCCCGGCCAAGAUUCACUACCUCUUCAACAUGCGGGACAUUUCCAAGGUGUUCCAGGGAAUGCUGAGAGCCAACAAAGACUUCCACGAUACCAAAUCCAGCCUCACGCGCCUCUGGAUCCACGAAUGUUUCCGGGUGUUCUCGGACCGCCUGGUGGACUCCGGGGACCUCGAGACGUUCGUGGCCAUCCUGAGCGACAAGCUGGGCACCUUCUUCGACCUCACCUUCCACAACCUCUGCCCCAACCGUCGUUCACCCAUGUUCGGGGACUUCCUGCGGGAGCCCAAGGUGUACGAAGACCUGACGGACCUGGGGGUGCUGAAGGCGGCCAUGGAAGCGGCUCUGGAAGACUACAACCUGACACCCGGCGUCAUCCCCAUGCACCUGGUCCUCUUCCGAGAGGCCGUCGAGCACAUCACCCGCAUCGUGCGUGUGAUCGGCCAGCCACGCGGGAACAUGCUGUUGGUGGGCAUCGGGGGCAGCGGGCGGCAGAGCCUGGCCCGCCUGGCUUCCUCCAUCUGCGAGUACAUCACCUUCCAGAUCGAGACCACCAAGCACUACCGCAAGCAGGAGUUCCGGGAGGAUAUCAAGAGACUGUACCGGCAGGCCGGGGUGGAUCUCAAGGCCACGUCCUUCCUGUUCGUGGACACGCAGAUCACCGACGACUCCUUCCUGGAGGACAUCAAUAACAUCCUCAGUUCCGGCGAGGUCCCCAACCUCUACAAGACCGAGGAGUUCGAGGAGAUCCAAACGCUGAUCGUGGAGGCGGCCCGGGCCGAGCUGGUGGCCGAAACCCCCGACAGCCUCUUUGCUUACCUCAUCGAGCGCGUGCGCAACAACCUGCACAUUGUGCUGUGUCUCAGCCCCGUGGGAGACCCCUUCAGGAACUGGAUCCGCCAGUAUCCGGCCCUGGUCAACUGCACCACCAUCAACUGGUUCUCCGAGUGGCCGCAGGAAGCUCUGCUGGAGGUGGCCGAGAAGUACCUGGUGGGCGUCGACCUGGGCACCGAGGAGAUGAUCCACAAGAAGGUAGCCCAGAUCUUUGUGACCAUGCACUGGUCCGUGGCCCGCUACUCUCAGAAGAUGCUCCUGGAAUUACGCCGACACAACUACGUCACUCCCACCAACUACCUGGAGCUGGUCUUGGGCUACAAGAAGCUGCUGGCAGAGAAGCGUCAGGAACUGUCGGACCAGGCCAACAAGCUCCGGACGGGCCUGUUCAAGAUCGACGAGACGCGCGAGAAGGUGGAGGUGAUGUCCCUGGAGCUGGAAGACGCCAAGCGCAAGGUGGCCGAGUUCCAGAAGCAGUGCGAGGAAUACCUCGUCAUCAUCGUGCAGCAGAAACGGGAGGCCGACGAGCAGCAGAAGGCGGUGACGGCCAACAGCGAGAAGAUCGCAGCGGAAGAGAUCAAGUGCCAGGCCCUGGCAGACAACGCCCAGAAGGACCUAGAGGAGGCCCUGCCGGCCCUGGAGGAGGCCAUGAAGGCCCUUGAAUCCCUGAACAAGAAGGACAUGACGGAGAUCAAGUCCUACGGGCGGCCGCCCACCCAAGUGGAGACGGUGAUGCAGGCCGUGAUGAUCCUGCGGGGCAACGAGCCCACCUGGGCAGAGGCCAAGAGGCAGUUGGGGGAGCAGAAUUUCAUCAAGCAGCUGAUCAACUUCGACAAGGACAACAUCUCGGACAAGGUGCUGAAGAAGAUCGGCGCCUAUUGCGCCCAGCCCGAUUUCCAGCCCGACAUCAUCGGCCGCGUCUCUCUCGCUGCCAAAUCCCUCUGUAUGUGGGUCAGGGCCAUGGAGAUCUACGGCCGGCUCUACCGAGUGGUGGAACCUAAGCGCAUCCGCAUGAACACAGCCCUGGCCCAGCUCCGGGAGAAGCAGGCCGCCCUGGCCGAGGCUCAGGAGAAGCUACGCGAGGUGGCGGAGAAACUGGAGAUGCUAAAGAAGCAGUACGACGAGAAGCUAGCCCAGAAAGAGGACCUGCGGAAACGGUCCGAAGACAUGGAAGUGAAACUGGACCGGGCCGGGAAACUGGUGUUGGGAUUGGCCGGAGAGAAGGCCCGAUGGGAGGAAACUGUGCAGGGCCUGGAGGCAGACCUGGGCUACCUAGUGGGGGACUGUCUUCUGGCGGCCGCCUUCCUCUCCUACCUGGGCCCCUUCCUGUCUAACUACCGGGACGAGAUCGUCUCCCAAAUCUGGGUCAAGAAGAUCCGCGAGCUCCACGUCCCGUGCUCCCCACGCUUCACCUUCGACAGCUUCCUCUCCAACCCCACCAAAGUCCGCGACUGGAACAUCCAGGGCUUGCCGUCGGAUGCCUUCUCCACCGAAAACGGCAUCAUCGCCACGCGGGGAAACCGGUGGCCACUGAUGAUCGACCCCCAAGGCCAAGCCCUGAAGUGGAUCAAGAACAUGGAGGCCAAGGAGAAGCUGAACAUCAUCGACCUGCAGAUGAGCGACUACCUGCGCACGCUGGAACUGGCCAUCCAGUUUGGUUCCCCCGUGCUGCUGCAGAACGUACAGGAAGACCUGGACCCUUCGCUGUCCCCCGUGCUCAACAAAUCUGUCACCCGCAUCGGUGGCCGGCUGCUGAUGAGGCUGGGAGACAAGGAGGUGGAGUACAACCCUCAGUUCCGCUUCUACAUCACCACCAAGCUGUCCAACCCUCACUACACCCCGGAGACCUCGGCAAAAACCACCAUUGUCAACUUUGCCGUCAAGGAGCAGGGCCUGGAGGCCCAGCUGCUGGGCAUUGUGGUGAGGAAGGAACGGCCCGAACUGGAGGAGCAGAAGGACUCGCUGGUCAUCAACAUUGCCGCCGGAAAGAGGAAGCUCAAGGAGCUGGAAGACGAGAUCCUCAGGCUCCUGAACGAGGCCACGGGCUCUCUGCUGGACGACGUCCAGCUGGUCAACACCCUGCAGACGUCCAAGGUCACGUCCACCGAAGUGACGGAGCAGCUGGAGACCAGCGAGACCACGGAGAUCAACAUUGACUUGGCCCGCGAGGCCUACCGGCCGUGUGCCCAGAGGGCGGCCGUGCUGUUCUUCGUGCUCAACGACAUGGGCCACAUCGACCCCAUGUACCAGUUCUCGCUGGACGCCUACAUCGGCCUGUUCACCCUGAGCAUCGACAAGAGUCACCGCAGCAACAAGCUGGACGACCGCAUCGGCUACCUCAACGACUACCACACUUAUGCCGUCUACCGGUACACCUGCCGCACCCUGUUUGAACGCCACAAGUUGCUGUUCAGCUUCCAAAUGUGCGCCAAGAUCCUCGAGACCUCGGGCAAGCUCAACAUGGACGAGUACAACUUCUUCCUCCGCGGGGGCGUGGUGCUGGACCGUGAGGGUCAGAUGGACAACCCGUGCACGAGCUGGCUGGCGGAGGCCUACUGGGACAACAUCACCGAGCUGGACAAGCUCACCAACUUCCACGGCCUCAUGAACUCCUUCGAGCAGUACCCGCGAGACUGGAACCUCUGGUACACCAACCCCAUGCCCGAGAAGGCCAUGCUGCCAGGCGAGUGGGAGAACGUGUGCAACGAGAUGCAGCGGAUGCUCAUCGUGCGCUCGCUGCGCCAGGACCGCGUGGCCUUCUGCGUCACCUCCUUCAUCGUCUCCAACCUGGGCUCCCGCUUCAUCGAGCCGCCCGUCCUCAACAUGAAGUCGGUGAUGGACGACUCCCAUCCGCACACGCCCCUCAUCUUCAUCCUGUCGCCCGGCGUGGACCCCACGGGGGCCCUGCUGCAGCUGGCGGAGCAGAUGGGCAUGGCCCAGCGCUUCCACGCCUUGUCCUUGGGCCAGGGCCAGGCCCCCAUCGCCUCCCGCCUCAUCCGCGACGGCAUCCUCCAGGGACACUGGGUCUUCCUUGCCAACUGCCACCUGUCACUGUCCUGGAUGCCGCACCUGGACAAGCUGGUGGAGCAGCUGCAGGUGGAGGAGCCCCACAUGGCCUUCCGCCUCUGGCUCAGCUCCAGCCCCCACCCCGACUUCCCCAUCUCCAUCCUGCAGGCCGGAGUCAAGAUGACCACCGAACCGCCCAAGGGCCUCAAGGCCAACAUGAAGCGCCUGUACCAGCUGAUGACCGAGCCCCAGUUCACCCGCUGCGCCAAGCCGGCCAAGUACAAGAAGCUGCUCUUCGCCCUCUGCUUCUUCCACUCGGUGCUGCUCGAGAGGAAAAAGUUCCUGCAGCUGGGAUGGAACAUCGUCUAUGGCUUCAACGACUCCGACUUUGAGGUGUCGGAGAACCUGCUGAGCCUGUACCUGGACGAGUACGAGGAGACCCCCUGGGACGCCCUCAAAUACCUCAUCGCCGGGGUGAACUACGGGGGCCACGUGACCGACGACUGGGACCGGCGCCUGCUCAGCACCUACAUCAACGACUACUUCUGCGAGGCCAGCAUCGCCAACCCCUUCCACCGGCUGUCGGUCUUGGACACGUACUACAUCCCCAAGGAUGGGAACCUGGCAUCCUACAAGGAGUACAUCACUCUGCUGCCCAGCAUGGACCCGCCCGAGGCCUUCGGGCAGCACCCCAAUGCCGACGUGGCCUCCCAGAUCACCGAGGCCCGGACCCUCUUCGAGACCCUGCUCUCUCUGCAACCCCAGACUUCACCCAGCGGCACCGGGGGACAGAGCCGAGAAGACAAGGUCCUGGAGCUGGCGGCCGACGUGAAGCAGAAGGUGCCGGAGACCAUCGACUAUGAGGGGACCUGCAAGCUCCUGGCGCCGGACCCGUCCCCGCUCAAAGUGGUGCUGCUGCAGGAGAUCCAGAGAUACAACCUGCUCAUGGCCACCAUGCAGUUGUCACUGUCAGAGCUGGAGAAGGGGAUCCAGGGGCUGGUAGUCAUGUCCACGAGCCUGGAGGAGAUCUUCAACUGCAUCUUCGACGCCCGCGUCCCCCCUCUGUGGGAGAAGGCCUACCCGUCCCAGAAGCCCCUGGCCGCGUGGACCCGAGACCUGGCCCUGCGCGUGGACCAGUUCGCGCAGUGGGCCAACCGGGCCCGGCCCCCCGUGCUCUUCUGGCUGUCGGGCUUCACCUUCCCCACGGGCUUCCUCACGGCCGUGCUGCAGGCCUCCGCCCGGCAGAACAACGUCUCUGUGGACAGCCUCUCCUGGGAAUUCAUCGUCUCCACGGUGGACGACAGCAACUUGGUGUACCCGCCGAAGGAUGGCGUGUGGGUGCGCGGGCUGUACCUGGAAGGGGCCGGCUGGGACCGGAAGAACUCUUGCCUGGUGGAGGCGGAACCCAUGCAGCUGGUGUGCCCCGUGCCCACCAUCCACUUCAAGCCCGUCGAGAAUCGCCGGAAGAGCGGCAAGGGGAUGUACUCCUGCCCCUGCUACUACUACCCCAACCGGGCAGGCAGCUCUGACCGCGCCUCCUUCGUCAUCGGCAUCGACCUGCGGGCCGGGGCCAUGACGGCUGACCACUGGAUCAAGCGGGGCACGGCCCUCCUCAUGAGCCUGGACAGCUGAGCCGGGCCGGAGGGGCAGAGGAUCCCGGGGUGACGGCACCCCAGCCUUUGAUGGGUGGGAAGAGCUCGGCCCAUCGGGCCGGCUGAGCUGGCGAUGGAAUAAAGCCACGUUUGGUCGCUC